GAUUUUGGGCCGGCCAGAUAAGGUCUCUCAAAAGCUCGCACCUUCUAGGUUUCUCUUUAUCUCACCGGUUCUCUGGUGCCUGCCGCUGCUGGCUUAAGCUAAAGCAAGGUUUUUUUUAAGGUUUUCUGAGCUCCACGAAAGCUUUCUGCCAACAUGGUUCUUCAAAAUGAUAUUGACUUACUAAACCCUCCAGCUGAGCUGGAGAAGAAAAAGCACAAGCUCAAGCGUCUUGUUCAGUCGCCAAACUCCUUUUUCAUGGAUGUUAAGUGCCAGGGCUGCUUCAACAUAACCACUGUCUUCAGCCACUCUCAAACAGUUGUGGUUUGUGGUAACUGCCAGACUGUCUUGUGCCAGCCAACAGGUGGGCGUGCAAGGCUAACUGAGGGUUGCUCUUUCAGGAAAAAGGGAGACUAAAUGGUGCUCCACUUUCCUUUUUGUUGUGUUUGGAGAUUUUCGUGUUAGUUUUAAGCCUGUGUUGUUUUCAUUAUGAUAUAUUAGUUUUGAUAGGUACAAGACUUUUAUGUCACGAACGCCUUUGAGACUUAAAUGAUAUUAUCCAUCAACUCUUGCAUUUCUCUUUUA